UUCUUCUUCUUCUUCAUAGGAUCAGCAAUGAAUAUAGCUUCGAGGAUUCGACGAAGUUUUUUCAGAGAGAAGAAGGAAUAUUCCGAUGGGAAUAUCUUGAAGAAUGGAUCGAGUGUUAAGGAAGAAGGUAAAGAUGAGAUUUUGGGAGUUACUGAUGAAUUAAUCGAUCAUGUCAGAUCUUUCACCAUUGAUACGUUUAAGAACUUUUCUCUUGAAGAUGAAGAAGAAGAAGUAUCUGUGAGUCAUUUGGGAGAUGACGAUAAUGGAAUGAGUUCGUCUGUGAAUGUGAAGAAGGAUUUAUCUGAUUGGCAGGAGAAACACGCGGUUCUUGUCUUAUCGAAAUCUAAGGAACUCUCACAGCUGAGAUUCAAGUUAUGCCCGCGAGUUUUAAAGGAACAUCAGUUUUGGAGGAUAUAUUUCCAGCUUGUGAGGAAGCUUGUGGCAAAGUAUGAGGUGCUAGCAAUCCAACAGGCUAAAAUAAGGAGGAUGGCCAUGGAAGACAGUAAAACUUCUGAAACCAAGGGUGUAUAUGAAGUUGAAAUGUCAAAAACAAAACAAAGGUUGAGUACAGGACCGGCAACUCCGUGAAGCUUUUGUGGCGAAGUUUGAGAAAGAACAUGACAGUGUUGCUCACCAUGUAACCUAACCAAAAUGCUGAACCAUCAGAAUUUAAGAAGCAUUUGAUCGGUAAAUAUUUUUCAAUCAUGUGUUGUAAGGGUGACAAAACCAAGAAGGUUUUGAUUCUACGGAGGUGUAAAUGAUCAUGUGAUUUUGUAUCAGACAUGAAACAGUAGUCUUAAACGCUUUGUAGUAACAAGAAUCGACAUCAUUAUUUAAUGUUUUGAUUCAUCCGA